AUGGCGGACGCCGGCUUGCGCCGCGUGGUUCCCAGCGACCUGUAUCCCCUUGUGCUUGGUUUUCUGCGCAAUAACCAACUCUGAGAAGUGGCCAAUAAGUUCGCCAAAGCGACAGGCGCUACACAGCAAGAUGCCAACGCCUCUUCCCUCUUGGACAUCUAUAGCUUCUGGCUGAACAGGUCCGCUAAGACCCCAAAGAGGAAGUUACAGGCAGAUGGACCAGUGACUAAGAAGACUAAGAAGAAGACCUCAUCCAGUGACAGUAGUGAGGACAGCAGUGAGGAGAAGGAACAAGCUCAAGGGCCUCCAGUUAAGAAGGCUGCUGUAUCUGCCAAGCGGGCCAGUCUGCCUCAGCAUCCUGGAAAGGCUGUGGCCAAAGCAUCAGAGAGCAGCAGCAGUGAAGAAUCCAGUGAUGAUGAGGAAGAGAAAGACAAAAAGAAAAAACCUGUCCAGAAGGGAGUUAAACCCCAAGCCAAGGCAGCCAAGGCAGUCAAAGCUCUUCCUAAGAAGGCCAAGAGCUCAAGUUCCGAUUCUGACUCAAGCUCAGAGGAUCAGGCACCAAAGAACCAGAAGCCAAAGACAAGACCUGUUGUAGCUAAAGCUCAGGCUAAAGCCCCAGCCAAACCAGGUCCGCCAGCUCGAGCAGCACCUAAAGUAACCAACGGUAAAGCAGCUAGUAGCAGUAGCAGCAGCAGUAGCAGUAGUAGCAGUGAUGACUCAGAGGAGGAGAAGGCAGCAGCCAUUCCCAAGAAGAUACAGACUGUACCUAAAAAGCAAGUGGUGGCCAAGGCCUCAGUGAAAACAGCUGCCACCCCUACCCAGAAGAGUUCCAGCAGUGAAGACUCCUCCAGUGAAGAGGAAGAGGAGCAGAAAAAACCCAUGAAGAAAAAACCAGGUCCCUACAGUUCAGUACCCCCGCCUUCUGCUCCCCCACUGAAGAAGUCCCUGAAAAACCAGCCUCUCAAGAAAGCUGCAGAAAAGAAACAGCCUGCGGAAAGCAGUGAAGACAGCAGUGAUGAGUCUGAUUCAAGUUCUGAGGAAGAGAAGAAACCACCAGCUAAAGCAAACAUCUCUAGAGCAACCACCAAACCAGCUCCAGCAAAGAAGGCAGCAGAGAGCUCUUCAGACAGCUCAGACUCUGACAGCUCUGAGGAUGGAGCCCCUUCCAAGCCAGUGAGCAACGCCAAGAAUUCCUCAAGUAAUAAGGUAGCUGCCACUACCAAGCCACCUAUAGCUAAGCCAGCGGCAGCUCCCAAGCAACCUGCAGGCAGUGGCCAGAAGCCUCUGACAAGAAAGGCUGAUAGCAGCUCCAGCGAGGAAGAGAGCAGUUCUAGCGAGGAGGAGGAGAAGACAAAAAAGACUGUGGCCACCUCUAAGUCCAAGGUGACUGUCAAAGCAGCUCCAUCUCUGCCUGCCAAGCAGACUCCUCAGGGUGGAAGGGAUAGCAGCUCUGACUCAGACAGCUCCAGCAGUGAGGAGGAGGAGGAGGAAGAGAAGACAUCUAAAUCUCCGGUUAAGAAGCCGCAGAAGGCAGCAGGACGUGUGGCCCCUUCUAAGCCAGCCUCCACAAAGAAAGUGAAGGCUGAGAGCAGCACCAGUUCUUCCUCUGAUGAUUCCAGUGAGGAGGAGGAAGAGAAGCCCAAGGGCAAGGGCACUCCAAGACCACAAGCCCCCAAGGCCAAUGGCACCUCUGCACUGACUGCCCAGAAUGGAAAAGCAGCCAAGGAUGGUGAGGAGGAGGAGGAGGAAGAAAAGAAAAAGGCAGCAGUGGCAGUUUCUAAGCCAGGUUCAGGAAAGAAGCGGAAGCAGAAUAAGGCUCCCAAGGAGGCAGAGACUCCUCAAGCCAAGAAGAUAAAGCUCCAGACCCCCAACACAUUUCCAAAGAGGAAGAAAGGAGAAAAAAGAGCAUCAUCCCCAUUCCGAAGGGUGAGGGAGGAGGAAAUUGAGGUGGAUUCACGAGUGGCAGACAAUUCCUUUGAUGCCAAGCGAGGUGCAUCUGGAGACUGGGGGGAACGAGCCAAUCAGGUUCUGAAGUUCACCAAGGGCAAAUUCUUCCGUCAUGAGAAAACCAAGAAGAAGCGAGGCAGCUACCGGGGAGGCUCCAUCUCUGUCCAGGUCAAUUCUGUCAAGUUUGACAGCGAGUGACCUGGGCCAUCCUUUGCGAAGCAGGGUGAUGAUCUGAGACCACUCACUCUCUCCAGCGGACUGGGAACCCUCAAUUCUGUUAGGGGAGGGUGUUGGUGAGGACAGAAGUUUAGGGUGGGUCCUAAGACUUUAUAAUGUGAUAUCAUCUCUGGCCCUUUUCUGUGUUCCUAGUUUUGUACAGAUUUGGUUUUGAGUGUUGAUUAGCAAGGACAAGGUAAGGGGAAUGUUAUUUUUUAACAAAAUUUAUUUUAGUUGUCCCCAUCUUCCUGUUCUGUGGAAGUACACACACUGAGAAAUUUGUAUAUUUUAUAUUAAAUCAUUUCCUAUUGAUUUUUGUUGUGAUUUUCAAAGGUGGAUUCCCACAGACAAAAUCUUAACUGUUACCCA